ACCUUUUUCGAUUGGAACGGAAGCCAUGAUGGAAGUUUGCGAGUGCAGCCUGGGACUGAGGGACGAGUCAGUAGGGAAAGGGACGUGUCAGGGAAGAACGGCAGGCGAUUUAUAAAAUAAACCAUACAUAUUUGCAAUAUUUAAGGUGGAGGCUGUCAAUUACCUCUCGAAUAUGUUUUAGUUCUGACCACGUGGAUCGUUUUGUCGGAUGACAUUUAAAAAAAAAAAAGAAUUGACAUGCUAGCUACAUUACUAGCUAGCUUUAGCUAUGUACGUGUGUGCAGAGUAGAUCGAGUGAGUCACUAUUCUGGGCAACGAACGUCUGGGAGAUUUCUCUCCGCUUUUCUGGCAUAAUCACGGCGGCUUUGGCGAAAUCAGAUACUUGGUACUCUCUUGAAAUACAACGGUUCGAGGGUUGGAUAAUUAAUCAUCUAUUCAUCUGGAGGAUUUUGUUUCAAAUUGGGGGAUCUGGGAAGCCGGGCCUGUGGUGGAACGGAGUGAGGCCCUCCUUUAUGACCCAGCAGCAGAAGUUAUUCUAGCUAGCACGGCUAGCUAGUUAGCUGUCAACGUUUGACACCACCUGGAUUGCGAGGGAGAAAUAUUGGCAGCGUUUCAUACAAAGGCAACAAUACUUUCUCUUAAUUUAAAAACGUUAAAGACUCCUGCCACAGAUAUGGCUGCAAUCAUAAAGGAAUUUGUCAGCCGAAACAAAAGGAGAUACCAGGAAGAUGGGUUUGACUUGGACUUAACUUAUAUUUAUCCUAACAUAAUUGCUAUGGGCUUUCCUGCUGAAAGGCUGGAGGGUGUCUACAGAAACAACAUUGAUGAGGUAGUACGGUUUCUGGACUCUAAACACAAAAAUCACUAUAAGAUUUAUAAUCUGUGCAUUGAGCGACAUUAUGACACAACCAAAUUCAACUGCCGAGUUGCACAGUAUCCGUUUGAGGAUCACAAUCCCCCCCAGUUGGAGCUGAUCAAACCGUUCUGCGAAGAUCUCGAUCAGUGGCUUAGUGAGGACGACAAUCAUGUGGCGGCGAUUCACUGUAAAGCUGGAAAGGGACGCACGGGUGUCAUGAUCUGUGCUUACCUACUACACCGGGGCAAGUUCCUCAAAGCACAAGAAGCUCUUGACUUCUACGGCGAAGUUAGGACCAGAGACAAGAAGGGAGUAACGAUCCCCAGUCAGAGGCGGUAUGUCUACUACUACAGCCACCUUUUAAAGAAUCAGUUGGAGUACAAACCAGUGGCGUUGCUGUUCCACAAGAUGGUGUUCGAGACGGUGCCCAUGUUCAGUGGCGGAACGUGUAGGGACACUUCCGUUAAAAACAAGAGUGAGCAGAUUCCACAUGGUUUCAGAAAAGGGAAUUGGCACUGGGAUCCUCAGUUUGUUGUGUACCAGCUCAAGGUAAAGAUCCACACUUCCAACCCCAGCAACACGAGGCGAGAGGAGAAGUAUGUGUUCUUCGAGUUCCCUCAGCCAUUGCCUGUGUGUGGUGACAUCAAGGUGGAGUUCUUCCACAAACAGAACAAAAUGAUGAAGAAGGACAAGAUGUUUCAUUUCUGGGUGAACACCUUCUUCAUCCCUGGACCAGAGGAGCAUUUUGAGAAGGUUGAGAACGGCACGUUACCCAAGGAGCCGGAAGGAAUCCAAACGGCAGCAGGAACGGGAGACAACGACAGGGACUACCUGAUCCUCUCACUGACCAAGAAUGACCUGGACAAGGCCAACAAGGAUAAAGCCAACCGAUAUUUCUCCCCCAAUUUCAAGGUCAGUCAGGUGAAGCUGUAUUUUACAAAGACUGUGGAAGACCCCUCCAACUCUGAGGCCAGCACCUCCACCUCAGUAACGCCAGACGUUAGUGACAACGAGCCGGACCACUACCGAUAUUCUGACACCACGGACUCAGACCCCGAGAACGAACCGUUUGACGAGGAGCAACACACACAAAUUACCAAAGUGUGAGAUUUAUAUGGAAAGUAAAAAAACGAAAAGAAAAAAACUUUAAAAAAUACCGGGGGGAAAUGAAAAAAAACUUGAAUAUAGAUUGUAAAGCAAGGAGCUUUUAUCCCCACCAACCAACGGCAGCAGGACAUUUGCGUCACGGAGAUGCCUCCAAUUUUAGGAACAACAAUGCUGACCAAUUUAUUUUUUUUCCUCUUCCGCUUCUUUGCCCCCACCCCCUUUUUAUCAUCCGGAAAGUAUUGACACCGUUGUUGCGUGGAAAAAAGGUCAGGUAGCUGUAAUGUAAUAUACCUUUGUGUCAAAGACUAGAGAAGAUUUCCACAGUCAGGAGAUGGGAGAUCAGGUAUAUGGGAGAGGCUUAUUGGAAAUCUAAAGUUCGCUGCUCCAUCUCCUGUGGAAACCAAGGCCAGUGCUUCUGUCACUUUCUCCCCCUUCAUCCGUUGUCCUCCACCACGCCCGACUCAUCCAUCUACCACCCCUUCCAUCCUACCUUACUGUGAAUGCUUCUUGUGCUUUUUGCAGGCUGUCUCCUAUGAGUUUGUGCAGUUCACCGCUGCAUUUUAGAAUUUCUCCAGUCGAAUUAUGAUUACUGUUAUUAUUAAGCUAAAAGACAUUUAACCAAUGUCCAUUCCUUCUACCGUUUCUGUUCAAGGUUUGCAGAAAAGCAGUAUCCCAUAUAUUGUUGAUGUUUUUAUGUUAGAUGACACAAAACGGCAGGGAAGCCAGUGUUGCAAUAAUGUUAACACUAUAGUUAAACAACAACCAGUGUGCAUGUUAUUGGAAUCAAUGUCCAUCUUGUUUAAUAAAUUGUAUACAAUGUUUUUUCAACAAAAAAGGAGAUUUCUAAAGUCAUUUAAGAUCUGAUUGUAUUUAGCCAGGAGGUCAAAAAUGACAUCCUUUUUUUCUCAUGGUAUCUGAAGGUAUGAUUUCAGUCCUUUUGCAAGCCAUUUAGAAUAGUCAUGUGUUUUUAUCAUAGCAGUACAUGGCGUUUCACCCUAUUUUAACAGUAACCAGAUACAGGUUUUUUUUAGCCAUCACGGAGGAUCAUGAAUUGUCAUGUGCUUACAAGGGAGUAAUCUGUUCCAAAUGUGUAGGCCUUUCUAACAUGCCGUUCGACAGCAUUUAUCAACACCUGCAUUGAUACAUCUCUGUUGGGUUCCCCUCACUCUCUGCAACAUUUUUGUUUUUGAGAAACUGCACUUUUUGUCAACCAGACGUGGUGGUGUGGGCCCAUUUGUGAGUAGGCGUUUAGUCAGACUCUUAAAUGUAAUGCUUGGAAAGACACUGAGGCCACAGAGAGGUGUUGAAUGUAAAGCUUUCCCAUCCAGGGAUGUUAAUGCAGGUUUUGAUCAACCCAGGAGUAGAUAAUAUGUGAACUUAGGAGCUUGUAUGGUUUCUUACUCUUGUGACGUCAGAUCUUUGGCUCCUCGACUGACAUGUUUGCAGCCUUAUCGUACUUGGUCCAAUGAGAUCCGGAUCACUCGUAUAUCUAACAAGAGGUGCUUACAAACUGCCAAACUGCAUCCUUGAGAUCCAGUAAUGACCACGGAGCCAAGAAUCUGUGCCUGUCAUAUGGUGCAAGUAGCUACAGUGGCAUACACUACUUCUGUGUGUGAGAACUGUCAAAGUGCACGCCCAUGUGCACACUUUAGUCUUCUGCAUUCGCUGUCCUUUACUGGCUGGGGUGCUUAUGUGUUUUUGUUUUCCUUUUAAAACAGGUGGGUCAUUCCGUUGGGGAAUGAGAAUAGUGCAGCUACAGAUUUUACAGAAAGUCUUGUGCUUCAGAAAUAUAAAAAGCCCUAUAUAUGAGAAUAUUUAAAUAUGUAUCAUUUCUUUUCAAGCAUGCCAAAUUUUUUUGUAACACCUGGCGUGUGGCAUGACACGGGCCAGACCAAAAAUAAAAUCGUCUCAGUCUCUUGGGCAGGAAUCUACACUGAUGGUAGUAAUAUAAGCUGCCUUUUCUUGUACUGUUGACAUUAAUGCUUCACUCUUUUCACCAACCCAUCGCAUAUGCUGUUUUAUCUUGCCUUGUUUUAGAAAGGAUUCUUUCCUUGGUGUCGAUUUAGGUCUCAGUUUUUUGUUGUUCUUCCCCCUUCAUCCAGAAAUGUACACUAGCCAAACCCAUGAACACUUAAUCUAGAAUUCUCUUUUGUUUACAUUUUAUUACAUCACUGAAAACCUGCCAAAAGUAAGCUUGAUCUUUUUUUCUUUUUGUUUAUUUUCUCUUUUUUUUUUUUUUUUUUUUAUUCUUGGAGGUAUUCUUUGCCUUACUUGAAGUUGACAAUGCUUACUCUACAACAGCUUUGAAAUCUACCAUUCUGCCCAAGCACUGAAUCGAUAGUUCAAGUACUUAUUUAAAGGUGACAUUCAUGGAGCAACAUAUUGUACUAGACUUUUGCACUGUUACAGGUUUUUGCAGGGUUUCAGUCAGUGGUCCACAGUAUUUUUACCCCUGCUUCCCCUAAAGUCAAACACCUUGCAAUGAGUGAACAAAGGUGGGAAAAAUGGCUAGCUGUACCUAAAUUCUGUAUCCAUGCAUCCUCCAUUUAAACAAUGUUACUUUGACUGAAAUUUAACCUUUUAUACAAAUAAAAAUACAUCUUUGGUAAAAUUGAAGGAAUUUGACAGUAUCCAUAUUUAUUCCGGUAAAGACACUGCAGGUAGUAUUAUUCUUUUUUGGCCGAUAGUCUAUCUGGAUCAUGCUUACUAUUUUGGAUGUUCAGCAGCUUAAGUUUAGUAAUCUAUUAAAGGGCAUCACUUAAGGAGAUAUUAAGGCCACUGGCCUUCCCCUAGACAUAUUUAGCCCCAAUUCUUGAAAUAUUUUGCCACAGUACCUUAACUUAAAGUACAGAAAUAGUUUAGGGUGUCUUCCUAGGGAAACCUACAGGAACCUAUGAUGUGGCACAGGCUAAAACUUGUGUGGAGUUCACGGGCAGCAUCAAAAAUUUUAAGUUUAAGCUUUAAAAAUAAGUAAAACCAUCUUAAAGGUGCCAGUGUGUAAGUUUCAUGUCACUAGUUUUUAGCUGAUUUGUGCAAUAUGUUAUAAUGAUGCCUGUGGUUGCCACAAAGUGCCUCUUGUUUACUGUUGAAAAUAAAAGAAGUGCUUGUUAAAUACUGUUCUAGAACAUGUCAUUCAUGCAUGCAGAUGGAAGGGGUGCAAUAAAUCAAGAGGCUUUACCUGCAGAUGUGUGUGGGGCUAGCAGCCUGGCUCCCACUACUCUCCGUUUAUCUUUUUUCUUUCUCCCUGGCUUUAAUUUUAAAGAGGUAUGUAAUAACCCAUUCUAUUUUCAGUCUUUUACAACAGCCUUAUUCCAUUUCAGCCUGUUUCGGAUACUAUUGUGCUGUGCAACAGUUGCUCUGUGUGUAAUGCUAUGCACUGAGAAUACACAACCAACAAUGUAUGUAAAACUUGUACAGGUUAUAAUUAUGCUCAUACAAAUCAGAUGUCUGUUUAUUGUAUGUGUAAACUGCCCUUUAUCUUAGUGUUAUAAACUUCACAUAAAUCCAAUAAAGUCUCAUUCUUGUC